UGAACCUGACGAGAAAGAGGUAUUGCAUUCCGUCUGCGGGAUCGCCAUUGAAAUCCUCUGGAAGAUUGGCUACUGGCAGUAUCUGCUUUCCCGGGGCAGGUUCAUCCAGGUCGGAAUCUUCUGGUUCCUCCCUCUUGCGUUUGUUAACCAUCCUGUCGCUUGAGCUCGACGUACGGAAAGGCCAUCGUGGGAAAUACCACAGUUCACUGAAGAAAAAAACCAGGGCGCUGAGUGAUUUUGUGCUAGUUCAGACAAUCGACGAUGGCACACUCAAUGGACGAUGAAAUCGACUCAGAAACCUUGCAAGCCCAGAUGGACUUGUCAAUGUCCUUUGCGCACAACCUCGUGACAUCAUGGUUGCAAUCUACUCAGGUGGCACAGCCGCACUCAGGUAUCUCCGAUGCAGAGCGUAUACUAGAAGAAGAGCUGCGACGACCUCCAAGGUUGGGAGUUGGUGCACCCGCUCCCGUGGCCAGUGUUACAGGCCGGGAUGCUGCUAAACUGCGACAUCGACUCGCGAAAACGGGUGAUAAGGCUUUGGCAUCGAUGGAGAGGCCUCUUCAGUCGGAUCAUAAAUCAGAUGAAGAUGAAGAAAAGGGCAAGCCAACGAAACGGACAAAGAGAAACGACCCAUUUGCCAUGCCAGGGCACAAAAAGCGCAAAAAAGUAGGCGACGCGUCGAACAAGUUGUCGACGCCUGAAUCGAGCCAUCCGACAAAUGGGGCCAAACUACGCGACAAUGACCAAAACGCGCCAACGGAGAAAUUUUCUGGAGAACGAUCUAUCCAUGUCACUGGCUUACCAACAACAGGCGUAACACUAGCAACAUCGGUAAUAGCAAUGUCCGGUCCCAGUCCGACCCCACAAAGUUCUGUACCUCAAUCGGACCCCACACCCAGUCAGGAUUGCACCGAAGGUGGUGACAAAAGUAGUGCACUGAUUCCUGAUACUGCUUUACGAUCGACCGUUGCCCCACACCAUCUCCCGUGUCCGUCCAACACAGCGUUUCUAGCAAAAACGAUCGUCUUUCUUUGCUGAAUCUUGACGGGCCCGUCGGCAACUCUACCACCCCGAAUAUUUCCAGAAAGCAACGCAGGCGACGCAAAAAGAAAAAGAAUGUCAUGAUGGGUACCGGCACGGGAGCCACUUAACACCCACAUAAACAUGAUUUCCAAAUGCGUCGUUCGGCCGUUG